UUUUUCUAUACAGAAAAUUAUUGAUUCUUUUUCUGAUGUGUUUGAACCUAAAAUUGGUUGCAUUCCUGAUUAUACUUGUACACUAAAGCUAAUUCCAGAUGCUAAACCCAUUUUUAUUAAACCACGUACUGUACCGUAUGCUUUAAAAUCAAAAGUAGAACAAGAAUUAGAUAAAUUAGAAGCGGAAGGUGUAAUAGAAAAAAUAGACGUAUCAGAAUGGGGUACACCCCUAGUAGUUGUCCCAAAGCAUGAUGGCACAAUUCGUAUUUGCGCAGAUUUUAAAGUUACAAUCAACAGUCAGCUUCAAAAUGCCAGACACCCAAUUCCUAGAAUUGAGGACAUUUUCAAUAAAUUACGCGAUGGGAAAUAUUUCUGUACGCUCGAUAUCCACAAAGCAUAUUUACAUUUGAAAGUCGAUGAAGAAAGUGCAAAAUAUCAGACUCUUUCUACUCAUAGAGGUACAUACUUAGCAAAAAGAUUAUUUUUCGGAAUAAAAACUGCACCAAAUGAAUUCCAUAAAUUUAUUGAUCAGUUUGUCCAAGAUUUGGAUGGAACUAUUGCCUACUUUGAUGAUAUUAUCAUCCAAGGAAAAGAUAAACAAGAUUGCCAGCAACGUUUAAUUAAAGUAUUAGAAAAGUUACGGGAACAUAAUUAGCAUCUUAAUCUUAACAAAUGUAGAUUUUUCGAGGAAAAAGUUCAGUAUUUGGGACAUGUUAUCAGUUCUGCUGGACUACACAAAUCACCUGAUAAAAUUCAAGCUAUAUCCGAAACACCUCGACCAAACUCCGUUGAUGAUGUUCGUAAAUUCAUUGGACUUGUCAUGUAUUAUUCUAAGUUCAUUCCAGAUGCUUCCAGCCUACUUCAUCCACUAAACAAACUCUUAUGUAAAAACGCACGUUUCCGAUGGACUGCAGAAUGUGAAUCUGCGUUCAUAAAAGCAAAAUCAAUUAUAACCAGUGACCAGAUUCUAGUGCCUUUCAAUCCAGCUCUUCCAGUAACAUUAGCUACUGAUGCCAGCCCUUUUGGACUUUCAGGAGUUCUUUCACACACUAUGCCAAACGGUAUAGAGCGUCCUAUCGCUUUUGCUUCCAGAAGUCUCACAGUUGCCGAGAAAAAUUACAGUCAAUUGGAUCGUGAAGCUACAGCUGUGGUUUGGGCUUGCAAAAAAUUUUACGAUUAUAUUUUUGGCAGAAAAUUUACCUUGAUUCUCGAUAACAGAGCCAUUUGCGCUAUCUUCCAUCCAGAGAAAAGCCUCCCAGUUAUGACUGCUUCAAGAAUUCUUCGAUAUGCUCAAUUUCUUUCGAGUUUCGAUUACACAAUUAUACAUAGAAAAUCUGAAAAGCAUACAAAUGCUGAUUACCUUUCAAGAAAUCCUCUUCCACUACCAGUUAAUUACGUCAACUGUAUUGAUGAAUCACAAGCACUCCAGCAAUUUAUCAUAAAUUACAUUUCAACUGAAACAAUUACAGCAAAACAAAUUCAAACAGAAACAGAGCUUGAUCCUGAUCUUAAAAAAAUAAAAUACGAUAUUGUUAUUGGAAACAAGUUUGAUCCCAGUAUAACCAUUCAAGAUGGAAUCCUAUUUAGAGGAAAUCGAGUUAUCAUUCCUAAAUCUCUUCAACCUGAAAUGCUCAAGCAACUACAUUCUACACACAUAGGAAUUGUGAAAAUGAAAGCUCUAUCUCGAAACUACUGCUAUUGGAAAAACAUUGACACCGAUAUUGAAAACAUGGUUAAGAGUUGCCGUGAAUGCUGUGAUGUAAGAAAAAAUCCAGCGAAAGCACCUCUUCACAUAUGGGAAACACCGGAGAAAAAUUGGCAACGCGUGCACAUCGACUAUGCCGGACCCUUCAUGGAGCAUCAAUUUUUAAUUGUUGUGGAUUCACUUUCAAAAUGGCCUGAAAUUUUUGCUAUGAAGACAUCUCCUACAUCAUCAAACACAAUUUAUUAUUUAGAAGAAAUUUUUAGUCGUCAUGGAUUGCCUGAAAUUUUAGUUUCUGAUAAUGCCGCAAUUUUUAAGUCAGCUGAAUUCCAACAUUUUUGUAAGUCAAAUGGUAUUAAACAGCGUCUUAUUGCUCCAGGCUAUCCAGCUACAAAUGGCCAAGCAGAGCGCUAUGUCCAGAUAUUAAAAACGAAAUUAAAAUGCAUGAAGUAUCAUCCAGGUUCCCUCCAUAGUAAAUUAUGCAAACUACUUUUCCGAUACAGAAUAACACCACUUAACAAUGGAAAAACUCCGUCAGAAAUGUUAUUUGGUAGAAACUUAAGAUGUGAAUUCGACUUAAUCAAACCAACUAAAGGACAAAAAAAUAAUGCCUUGCAGCCAGAAUUUAACAAAAAUUUCAAGUUAGGAGAAAGAGUACAGUCUCGCAACUAUACAUCAUCUGCUAAAUGGAAGUAUGGAACUGUUGUUGAAAAACUUGGACGACUUCACUAUCUCAUUGAAUUAGACGACGGUUAUGUGAUCAAGCGUCACUUUAACCAAUUAAGAGCUUGUCAAGUUGAAAAAUCAAUAACUCCUUCUUUAAAAUUUUCUAGGCCCAGGACAGUACACUUUUCUCUUCCAGUAUCCAGUUCUACAUCCACCAUACCCUCCUCUCGUCCGGUAUCCAGCUCUACACCCACCAUACCCUCUUCUCUUCCUGUAUCCAGCUCUACAUCCGCCAUACCCUUUUCUCGUCCAGUAUCCAGCUCUACACCCACCAUUCCCUCCUCUCUUCCUGUAUCCAGCUCUACACCCACCAUACCCUCCUCUCUUCCAGUUUCUAGUCCUGUAACCCAGAGAAAACCAAUGCAGUUAAGGAGAUCAACUCGGGAAAAAAGACCAGUCACCAGAUUAAAUCUCUAAUUAUUCGUUAUUGACUCUUAAAUUUUAAUAAUUCAUAAUUAACCUUUUAUUUAAGAGCCAGAGAAUUGUCAUGUAUUUUAUCUUCAGUGUAAAUGCGCCUUGCAGCGACUCAACUCAACUCCAUCUUUUGUUAUCCCGCGCUAGUCAGUUGUUCAGCUUUAAACGUAACAAGAUGUAAACCUCACCUUCUCCCUAAUAAAAUAUGUUUUACCUUGA